AUGUUCAAGCUACUCCCCUCCUCUGCCGAGCUGCGAGGCAUAGAUAUGGACACCAUCAAGUUUCCGCCACCAUCAGAUUUGCCUCCCAAUAUUUCUAUUCUACAACACAAUGCGCUGAAGCCGUUUCCAGAGGAGAUGCACGGGUCAUUCGAUAUGGUACACAUACGCCUGAUCGGAUCGGGAAUGCGAAAAGAGGAUUGGAGAACUGUGGCGGCGAAUGCGUUCACGCUCUUACGCUCCGGGGGCUACAUCCACUGGGAAGAAGCCGGCGAUACGUCCUGGAAGUGCGUCCCGCCUAGCCACGCUUUCGACGAAUGGUCUCGAAUUAGACUGUUCUGCAUGCCCGCUCAACUUGCCCUCGUGCUCCGAGACGCCGGCUUCGCGGAUGUCGACGAUAAAUUUGGAACAUUUUCAUCGAUGAGAAAGAUAGCCACCGAGGUUGCUCAGCCAGUAAUGCUGUCUAUACUUGAAUCUGGAGGCGUCGACACACUCCAAACCACCAAAGACAUGUACAGGCUUGAGUCAGAGUUGAAAAGAGACAUACAGAACGGAGCGUUGAUCGGGAUUUCUUUGACCUGGUUCUGGGUUAGGCACCCGUGA